AAAUGUCACAAAAAUUCCAGUACAAAAUGAACUAAAAAGAAGAUGUUUUAAUUUUGGCAAACUAUUCCAAGAUCUCUUAAAUUACAAGUCGAAUAUUUAUGAUAGACUGGAUUAACUUCAUUGCAGGAUGGUUGGGAGGGAUAGCUGGAUUAAUAAUAGGUCAUCCCAUGGACACAUUAAAAACUCGCCAGCAAUCAACCGGACAUUCGUUAUCGACUACUAUAAAAGAAAUCUACCAGCACGAAGGAAUAAGAGGAUGUUAUAAAGGAUUUUUUGUGCAGUAUUUCACUGUUGGGCCGGCAAAUGCGGUAUUUUUCUUUGCGUAUGGCGAAAGUCUGAAAGUGGUACAAAAAAACGGUUCUGGUCGAGUAGAUUUCAAUGAUACCAAAUGGAGGAUGAACGUAGCUCUUGCAGGGUUGCUUGCCGGAACGGUACAAGUUAUUGUGACCUCUCCAAUUGAAUUUGUUAAAACCUUGUUGCAAACCGGAAAUUCACGAUCAUUGAAAAAUGGCGGACCGCAGUAUAAAACUGCAAUUCAAGCAAUUAGAGGUAUAUACCGUAGAGGAGGACUAUUAGGAUUUUACCGAGGAUUUAUCCCAACGUUUUGGCGUGAUGGCGCUUCUAGUUCAAUUUACCUGGUUGUUUAUGAAUCACUAAGACCGCGCAAUAGAGAGCAUGCUUUAACAGAAUUAAUUACUGCAGGAGGUAUGGCAGGUUCGGCCUCUUGGUCCCUAUUAGUGCCCUUUGAUGUUAUAAAAACAAGACUGCAAACCGACAAUCCACUGAACCCCCAAUAUACAGGGAUGAUUGACUGUGCGAUUAAAUUGAGCCGCAGAAAGGGACUAAAGAUAUUUAUGAAAGGAUUCUGGGUAACAACCUUACGUGCAUUUCCUGUGAACGCUGCACUAUUUCUUGUAUAUGAAUUCAGCGUGGAACUGCUACAAAAUAUAUUCCACGUAUGAUUUGUACUGUGUUCUUGUACUGUGCACAAUUAUUAAACAAAUUCUUCA